UUGUAUAUUCAAUGAACUGAUUAAAAAUACUGCAAGUCAAUAUCAAAUCAUUUAAAGGCUUGAAAUUAGAAAAAUUAUUAAACUAAGUCAAAUGAUAAUAAUUUCAAAAUAAAUUAGACACACAUGCGCAGAAAAUUAAGAAAGAAAAUAAAAAUGGAGUGUAAAUAAUUACUACAAAGUACAACAAAUCAGCUGAGAUAAGAAAAACUACAAUGUGACUUGUGUGACAUAUACAAUGUACAAAUAAACACACCAAUUGAUAUUAUUAAUUUAACAAUAAUGUCAAAUAAACGAGGAUAAAAAUCUCAUUAAAUAAAUCUCUAUUUAAAAUAGUGUAAGAUUAAAUUAAAGUGAUAUUAUUAAUAAUUAAAUAUAUCAUCAAAUGCAAGAGGUUAUAUAAAAAUGACAAAUAAUUUUUUAAAUUUUUUAAAACCAUUUAUUGUAUUAUUCUAUGGAUAUGCAAGAAUAAUAUCAUGUAUAUUGAUAUCAAUAUUUUUAUUGUCAUAUUGCUUACAUCCAGAUCGUUUUGCAUCACAUUAUAAUUAUGUUAAAGCUGAAAAUAUACCAGAUGAAUUAGAAAAAUCAUAUGAACAACGUGAUAAUUCAUGUACAAUUAAAAUAAAUGGUAAUCGUGGUUCAGAUAUAUUAUAUCCAAAUAAAUAUCCACAUGAAGAUCCAAGUGUUAUGGCUAGAAGACUUGGUAUAUUACCUGGUGGACAAUGGAAACCACAUAAUUGUUAUCCACAAUUUAAUGUUGCAAUAAUUUUACCAUAUCGUAAUAGAGAUAUACAAUUAGCAAUAUUUAUGAAUUAUAUACAUCCAUUUCUUCAAUUACAAAAUUUAGAUUAUAAAAUAUUUGUCAUUGAACAAAGUCCAAUGCGUGAAUUUAAUCGUGCUAAAUUAUUUAAUGUUGGUUAUAAAGAAGCAACUAAAAUAAGUAAUUUUCAUUGUUUUAUAUUUCAUGAUAUUGAUUUAAUACCACAAAAUCCAGAUAAUAUUUAUGCAUGUAGUAAAAUGCCAAGACACAUGAGUUCAAGUGUCAAUACAUUUAGAUAUAAUUUACCAUAUACUGGAUUAUUUGGUGGUGCAACUGCAAUAACAAGAAAAUUAUUUGAAAAAGUUAAUGGUUUUUCAAAUGUUUAUUAUGGCUGGGGUGGUGAAGAUGAUGAUAUGUAUUCAAGAUUAAGGAACAAAGGUCUAGAGGUAACACGUUUUGCACCAAAUGUAGCACAAUAUUACAUGUUAACACAUAAAAAAGAAACUCCAAGUAGUGCAAGAUAUGAAAGACUUCAUAGUGGAGAACAAAGAUUUGACACUGAUGGCAUCAGUAAUUUGGAAUACAAAGUAUUGGAUCAUGAAUUACGUCCUUUAUAUUUGUGGAUACUUGCUGAUGUAUAAAAUUUAAUUAUUAUAUUAACUCGAGAACAAGUAGAAUGAUUAUUUUAAUAAUAUAACUAAUUUUAUAAAAUUGUGAUUAUCAAGAACCUCAUGAUUCAUGUACAUGAUAUAUAUUAUCAAACAAUUUUAUUUUACAAUACUUAAUUAAAAUUAUUUGCUCAUAAUGACAGCAAAAAUAAGUCUCUAGAUUUUAAGAUUUUAUCAUAGAUCUGAUUUUCUUUUUUAACUGUUUACUGUCAGUAUUUAAUUAAAAUAAAAAAUGUGAUUACUGAUUAAUUUAAUUAUAGUUGAUUAAAACUUGUACAAAGAUAAAAUGUAAAAUGUAAAAGACUCUCUUAAAUAUACAGUAUAUAAAUAAUUUAUUAA